AUGAUUACAAAAAUUGACUCAAAUUUGGAUCAAGAGUUGGAUAAGACUGGCCACUCGAUUCGAUGGAUUCUAAAUACGCUAGAGGAAUGUUGCAGCGAAUAUGUGGAGGCCAAAAGCGAAGCAACCGUUGUUUCUGUCAGUUUCUAACAACCUUAUCGAAAGAAAAAUAAAAUUUUCUUUGCAAAGAAUGUUUUUCAGAUUAAAACGGUCGAUGUGUCGGUGGACAAAGGGUACUAUUCAAGAGUAUUUAUCACAACUUUCUAUUUUGACAACGGAAAAGAGUGCACUUUGGCUUUAAAAGUGCCAACAUUUGACAUGCUUGACGAGUGGAUCAAGAGUCGUGAAAGUGCGGCAGAUGUAAGUUGUAAAGGUAAAACUUUCAUGACUGACAGGCCUAAAACUAUACUAUUAUUUCCAGGAGAACCCCGAAACAUGGAAGGCUCACCUUCAGACGUCUCACAACAUCGAAUGCGACGCUCUAAAACUCGUGUUACCCUUUACAAAUUUUCCGGCUCCAAAAGCAUACUACACCCAAAAACGUGGUGUCAUCUACGAUAACGGACUCAGCGACACCGAAGCUCCCGGAAUAAUCAUAAUGAGCGCUAUAUACGGCUCAUCAUUAGGGCUGUUUUCCACGGCAACCAAGGAGCAAUGCAUAAGCAUGGCUGAAGACUUUGCGGUGUUUCACGAUUACAUCGACCAGACAGAGGAGGAGAAAUGGAAGAACAAGUUUGACAGUCAAUUACACAUGGGAGUACAUCUAAGAGAGGCCAUAGUUAAGGCGAUACUAAAGAUUGGAGAGAUUCAUCCCGGUAAGUACAUAUAAAAAACUCUGCGAUAACGAACAUGCUUCAUUUAGCACACCGUACUAAGAAAACACUUUUAGAAGCGAAGAAGGAAUGCCAGCUACUCGCUGACAUGGACUUCAAAUCAUACAGUCAAUACGCUCUAAAAUCGAGACCCGCCGAAUUCAGCGCAACAACACUCAUCCAUGGAGACACUUGGAACAACAACAUCAUCUUCAAAAAGAAUCCAGAUGGAAGUUUGGGAAACAAAGUCCAAGCCUACAUUGAUUUCCAAACUCUGUUCGAAGGUAAAAUACGACCACACAACAAGCAUCUUUUCCAGGCUCGCCGAUGUUUGACAUAGCCAGGUUUGUUUCUAUUUGCAGCGACGCAGAUGUUCGACGAGACGGAACGCCAGCGAUAUUACAAGCUUAUUACAAGAAAUUGACCGAGUUGUACAAAAGACGACGAAAACGAGUGCCGUUUACGUUGGAAAUGGUAAGUUACGGAACAAAGUUCUUUAAAGCGUUACAUCCAAUAAGUACGAAGCGUCCAACGGCAUCAUGUAUGCGAUAAAAAUUUAUCGUUUUGCAUCCCUAUUCUGGUCGCGAAGAAACAACAAAGUACAGUGCAGGACAGGAUCCAGCCGUCAAAAGUGGCUCUGAUUGCAUCUGGAGGCACUCCAAAUACAACUAAAUGUCUCCCCAUCUGACCGAAAAUAACGUUCUUCUGACGAGAGAGGUGAGAAAGCACUCUAUGCAAAAGGGCAACUUUCUCUUCCCCUCUUCAGAAGAACGCUAUUUCCGAUCAGAGAUGGAGGCAUUUAGUGGUAUUCUAAGUGGCUCACGAAUGCAAUCGGAAGCACUUUUGACCACUAAAUCCUGUCCCACACUGUAUUUUAUUUAAUCCAAUAUGAAUCUGGGCGCGUCUAUGAUUCUGUUAGAGAAACCCUUACAUUUAGACUCUGAGAAAAAGUGCCGUUUCAGUGAGGUCGCCAACAUUUCGCAGUUCUAAUAGCCUACAAAUCACCCUUCCAUUUUUCAGGUUUCCGAACUCUACGACCUCGCCUUCAUUCAUCAAGCUCAGAAUGUGGCCUUAUUGGCCCAAUUCUUCUCGGAAAGAAAGGUAGAGAACAAGACAGUGAUGGAAGCCGAGGAAGCCAAGAUGAAUUUGCGAGCCAAGUUUGCGUUAAUCGACGCAGUCAAAGCUUUGCGAAAAUUGAAAUUAUCGGAGAAAUUUAAUUCAAACUGA